AUGCGUUUCCCUAACAGGGCCAUGUUUGGUGUUAUUAAACCAAUAAUCAUUGUAUUUCUUGUUCGCUUAAAUUGGGGUGCAUGUUUUGUGAGCUUUUCCUGGCAGCUAUCAAUUGAUUUGAAGUUGUUGUGGGAUAAUGGCAUUGAAGUAUAUGACGGAUUUAGAGAUGAAAAUUUCACUAUGAAGGCAAUGUACGGAACAAUUAAUGACUUUCCUGCAUAUGGAAAUCUUUUUGGUUACAGCAUCAAAGGUCAAUGUGCAUGUCCAAUAUGUCAGGAAAAAAUAGAUUAUAUAAGACUAGACCAUUGUCACAAAAAUGUUUUCAUGGGGCAUCGUAGGUGGUUGUCAAAAAAUCAUCCUUUUAGAAAAAUGAAAAAAGCUUUUAAUGGAAGUUACGAAGUACGUCAAUGUCCUUAUUUGAAGAGUGGAUCAAAUUUUUUUGAUGAGAUUAAACACAUAAGAACAACAUUUGGAAAACCUUUUGCCAAACAAAUUCCAACCGCAGGUUGGAAGAUGUCAAUUUUCUUUCAGUUACCGUACUGGGAAUCUUUAUACGUAAGACACUUUGUUGAUGUUAUGCAUGUUGAAAAAAAUGUUUGUGAAAGUGUGAUUGGUUUGUUAUUAAACAUCAUGGGAAAGAAGAAAGAUGGCAUCAAUGCAAGACUUGACUUGGUGAAGUUGGAAAUACGAUCCGAUUUGGCUCCAGUGAAGAAGGGAAAACGGACCUUUUUACCUCCAACAGCAUGUACCCUGUCUAGAAAUGAAAAACGUGCUAUAUGUGAGACUCUUUAUUCAGUCAAGGUUCGCGUGGCAAUUACGAAGUUGUGUUUCUUUUUCAAGGCAAUAUAUAGCAAAGUGAUUGAUCCUGGGAGAUUACUAAGUUUGCAAAACCAAAUAGCUAAAACUUUAUGUGAGCUGAAAAUGUAUUUUUUACCGUCAUUCUUUGAUAUUAUGGUUCAUUUGACUAUUCACUUGGUUGAAGAGACAAAAUUGUGUGGCCCUGCAUAUAUGCGAUGGAUGUAUCCCGUUGAAAGAUAUAUGAAGAUUUUAAAAGGGUAUGUUAAGAAUAGAAGCAGACCAGAGGGUUGUAUUGCUGAACGAUAUUUAGUGGAAGAAGCAGUGGAAUUUUGUUCUGAAUAUCUGUCAAAUGUUGAAUCAUGUGGCAUUCCAAAAUCACAUCACCAUGGAAGGACUUUAGGGGAAGGUAGCAGUGGUUGUCAACAAAUAGAGGUCCCUAGACUGCAAUGGGAACAACCACACUUGCAUGUAUUACAAAACACCCCUAAAAUUGAACCAUACAGAAGCUUGCACAAAGAGACAUUGAAGCGUAGAACCAGAGGUGAUAAUUGGAUAACAAAAGAACAUAAUGUGCGAUUCAUUGGAUGGCUACAAGAACAUAUUGGUGAACAGUUGAAAUAG